AUGGCGUCCAUGCUACUCCGCGUCAUGGCAUGCGCCGCUGCCUUCGUCGUGGCCCAGGCUGUAACCAUCGCCUCCGAGAACGCAGUUCCGGUGUGGAGCCAGAAGUCAUCCAUGGAAAUGUCCCUCUGGACCAAGGGCGGAGCCCUGCCACUGACCUUCACCGUCAUGCCGUCCACCGAGAGAUUGGGUCUCAACCAAACCGACAUUGUUCGCGGGGCAAUUCGGAUCGAAGGCACCAUGGUUUCUGCUACCUCUUCCAACUUCAACACGAUCGAUGGGAACGCGGUCGCAUAUCUGUCAUGCGACUCCCCCAGCGGCGGCGGCUUCAUCGACCAGAACUCGAUGCUAAGCACCUUGAUGGAUAACAAACCGAGAGCCGUGGUGCUGUACAGCACCGUCGGGAACUGGUGCAUGUUGUCGGACGACACGGAGCUGCCUUACUACUCGAUAUUCACGAUGGCGGACCGCGACGAAUCCGCACAGGCCCUCCACAUCCUGAAUGGCACGAACGAGGCCGAUCAGAUUGGUGUUGUCAUCACUGGCAAUGCGACUGCAAACGACGGCGAUGACACCAAUGGGGGAGGCGGCAAUAACUCGGCUGUCGCCAUGAGCAUCCUGUACAGCAUUACGGGUCUCAUCACGCUGCUCUUUCUGAUCAUCAUCGCCACUGGUGCCGUGAGGGCACACCGAUACCCGGAGAGAUAUGGCCCGAGGAACGGUGUCAACGGCCGCCCUCGCCAGAGCCGUGCCAAGGGUUUGGCCCGUGCCGUCCUGGACACGCUUCCCAUCGUCAAGUUCGGCGAGAGGCAAGAUGCGAAGCCCGAUCCCAACAUCGAGUUGGAGAGCGCAACAAACGUCUCCGUACAUGACGGAAGCGUCGAGGGCCGGAGCGAAGAUAGGCAGCCGGAUACUGCCCGAGUCAACGCCAAACACUCGGAUGCCACGAUGACGACGGGCAACACGGAGGCAGAUGGCGCGACGCCGAAGGUAACUGGCGCCGGAAGUGCCACUGCUGCUGCUACUGCUGCUACCGCCGCCGCCACUGUGGGCGCUACCAGCACGAUCGGCUCCGCUAACCAUGGAUCUAACGAGCAGGAGGACGAGAACCUCGGCUGCUCCAUCUGCACAGAGGACUUCACUGUUGGCGAAGACGUGCGUGUGUUGCCUUGCAACCACAAGUUCCACCCCAACUGUGUUGAUCCUUGGCUGGUCAAUGUAUCGGGCACAUGCCCCCUGUGUCGCCUCGACCUUCGUCCCCAGGGCGAUGCCCAAAACAACAGCGAUGAGCUCCCGCCGCCGCUCGAGUUGGAUGGACACGAGAGUGAUGGGGCAUCUAGUACGCAGAGGCGGAGGACACGACUGUUCGAUAUCAACAGACUAAGGAACGCUUCAGCGGAGGAGCGCAUACAGGCUCUUCGGCAAUAUCGCACGCAAAACCAGGUCCAAGGCGCAUCAGCAGGUCCAGCCGGAGUCGAACGUGACGACAGGGACGACAGGAGUCGCAGAGCCAGGUUGGCUGACAAGCUGCGCGAUAAGUUCCGGAUUCGAACUGGGCCACAGUCUUGA